UCCGGUGCCGCCCGUUGCCGCGGCAGUUUGCCGGCAGCUCCCGGCCGCCACCGCGGGGGCGGCUCCCUGCCGGCCGGCCCGGCCCCUCGAGCGAGGCCGAGGGGCGAAGGGGUGGGACAGAGGGGGGCAGGGGAGGUGCGCGUGUGUUGUGGGAACGCUGCCGGGAUACGCGCCUGUGUUGUGGGAACCGCGAGCGGCCGAGGGGCAGCCUGUGGAUGUCUGGCGGGCACCUCUGGCAGCCGCAUCCCUCGCAUCCUGUCCGGGCAGGCGUUCGGGACCUUUGGAAAGGCCUCGAACUCGCGGCUCAGGGCUGCCCCGCGCCCCUGGCGGGGAAGCCUCGCCCAGCCGCGGGAUGGAGCUGGCGCUGAGGGAGCGGCUGCUCGCGGCAGAGAGCGCAGGAGAUGUUCAGGCUUUGAAGAAUGCUUAUGAGUUAAUCAAAUCAGCCAGUGAGGGACAAUCUGCACUUGAUUCAUCAGAUAACAUCAGCACCGAUUUAUAUGUUUUGUGUGCUGAGCAAGCGCUUCAGCUGGGAUAUGAGGAAAUUAGCAGUGAUUGUCUACAGAUGUAUUUUAAAGGAAGAUUUCCUGUGAACCAGUUUCUUGGCAGAGCAUAUUUGUGCCAAGGCCAGUUGCAUGCUCCACACUCUACAGAUAAUUUGGAAGAGUUUGAAAAGUUUGUGCAGUUUUUUAUGAAGGCAAUAGAUUUUGCAAUCCAUGACAGAAGGUAUUUUUUUUUGAUAUAUAAUGCUUCAGUUCUUUAUUGGCAACUUGUGAGGCCAUUUCUUAAGCCUGGAUUCCGCCAUUGCCUUAUUCCCAGCCUUUCACAUAUUGUUACAGCAUUAAACCAAAUUGAUGAGCAAGACAAUGAAUGGCGAGCAGAACUCAUGAUAAAUUUACUUGAGUGCUUCCUCGAUGCUUCAAAACUGGAAGAAGCAAAAGAGUUUUCAUCUACUGCAGCAGUCUUUAUUAAGGAAAAUGUUCCAGAUAAAUACUCUCAAAUAUUUUCUUUAAUGGUGUAUCACAAACUAAUGGAUGUUUCCCAGGUAGAGAAGGAAAUACAAAAUUCCAUCCAUCUUUCAUUUGUUUAUAAAAUGGAGGUGUUAAAGUUGCAGUGGGACAAAAAUGUAUUUCCAAGUGAUGCCACCACAAAUCUCAAUUCUUUAUAUGUGCUUUUGAAACAAUAUGAUGUACAUCCAGCAUCUCUUCUCAAUGUGAAGAUUGCUUUGAUUCUGGAAUUAGCGCAUUUUUCUCUGAAAGUAAACUGCACUGAGCUCGCAGCUCGUUGUAUACUUGAUUUGAAGAGCGCUCCAAUUACUGAGCAAGGGAAACUUAUUGAGAUAGAAUGUCUGGAAUGUGAAUAUGAAAUGAAGAAAAAUGACACUGAAAUUGUGACUUACACCAAAGGAGUUGUUGAGGCUCAGCUGAAAUUGAUAAAAAAUCUUGAAUUCAUGUUAAAACGUGCAGUUCAGUUGGGAGAUCAUGGUGUAAUUCAGGUUGUUUGUGCAACCCAGUGGAAUCUCUGCUUACCACUACUACAACACAAUUUGCAUCAACAUGUGCGAAAGCCAUUGAUCUCAGUUGCUGAUGUCCUUGAAGAGAUUGACAGCAUGUUGAUUUCGUUGCGUUGCCAAGUUCAUAUGGAAAUAGCUCGUAUUGAAGAAGAUGGGGAUAGCCUAGAGGCAGCUCUGGAACAUUUGCAAAAAGCUAUGCACCUGAACAGCAGUGGGCAGUAUCAAGAACAUCUAAGACUGAGUUUUAACCGCCUUUGUUUGAGUGCAAUGCUGUACGAGUCACCUGAGCACCUGGAGGAUCGGGCGGUAAUGUUGAUUGAACAGGCUAAAAGGGAAAAAGUAAAAGAUAAUGUGAGGAAAAAGAGAUCCCUUCUGGUAAAUGCAGGUGUUGCAUUAGCUCCUGACACAUUUCAAAUAGUUCUUGACAGUGAAAAUGAAGCUAAAGUUUCCUCAGGUAAAAAUGCUAAUCAAAUAAGCUACCUCUGUGCAAAAGCUCAACAUCAUACUAAAAGUGUGGAGAAAGUUGAUAAACAUUUAAAACACUUAAGAAAUGCAAAUGGCAGAAAAAGAAUUAUGCUUUGGGCAGAUUUGGCAAAAGUUGCAUGUAAACAGGAAGUGUGGGAUGUCUGUCGUGCAGCAUGUAGGUUUUGCCUCUUGUAUGAUGAUAUUUUGUUUAGGGAGGCAACAAAGCACAAAAAAUCACAGAAAAACGAAGCUAAUACAACUAUGAUAGUUGAUGGUCAAGCUGACAGCUCAUCAGAAGAAUCAUUGCUGCCUGCUAAAUCCUUUUCUUUUGAAGCAUAUUUACUCAGAAUACUAGCAGAAAUAAGAUUUAUUAAUGCAGAGGCAACUGUUCACCUAUUAAGAUUGCAGGGAAUCAAACUGAAUGAUCGUGCUGUACCUCCAGAAGGUACAUACCAGUGUCGUCCGGGAUGUGUUUCAGAUCUUCCUGAAAGUGAUCCAGAAUGGAAAACAUACAGUUUAUGGAUAGACAACUUAUCUCGGUAUGCUAUGGAAAACUUUCAACGUGCAGCUCAAAUAGGAGAAGAAUUGAAUGAAGCCUGGAUUGUUCACAAUGCUGUGGUGUAUGUCUUAAAUUAUAACAGACAUCUGAUUUCUUCAGGAAGACAGAGGGACAUUAUUGAGUAUCUGCAGACUCUUCUUGGAGCCAUCAAGACUGUUGGGCACAAUGGAAGUACUGAAAUUUUACUGAUGUUAUGUAAUGCUUUGGCUCGAGGCCUAAUCAUUUCUUGGAUUCCAAAGCCAAAACCUGCUGAGAAGAAAGAAGAUACAGCAAUAAAGAGUAGCAGAAAAGCUGCAGCAAAGAAACAGGAAAAAGGAAAUAUCAUCCAGUCUUUUUCAGUAGAUCCUACUGGACUUCCUGACAUCAAAGCUGCCUUAGAGAUUUGUGAAUUUGCCCUAAAUGCAAUGACUGGAACCAUACCUAAGGAAAAAGUCUCCAUUGCUACACAGCAACAGGUCAUUGCUAUCUGGGUGAAAGCAAAGCAGUUAAAUCAGCAGCAGAUCAGACACGAACUUGGGAUUCAGGAGGAGAAUAAAGAUGAAACACAAAAUCCUCUGGUGAGAAUUCUUAUUGGUCUGGAAAUGUACUCAUGUAAUGGCUUGGAUCUCAUGGAUUUCACUGUUCCUAGCUUAUCUCAGUUAGUGAAUUUGGCUUUAGAAUGCAGUUGGUCAGAUUCCUUAGUGGAACUGCAGACACUGACACGACUGACAUAUUUUGCAUAUGUAUCACAAGACUAUGAAAGAGUGAUGACUUGUUCCAAAAGGAUCUUGGAAUCAGAUGAGAAUUUUGUUCACAAUAGAAAUACUAAGAAAUAUGGCAUAUUCAGAACUUCACAGAAACGCAGCAGAGACUACUUGCGCACAUCUAACAAUCUGCAGACUAAUGAAGGGCUUGGUAACAGGGUGAGACAAGAAAUGUUAAGCAUUACAGCCUGUAUACAAGGAAAGAGCAUAAUGGAAAAUUUGUCUGGAAGAAAACAUCUCCGUGUAGCAGCAUCAAAAACCUUUGUUCAGAGUGCCAGAUAUGCAGGUGAAGCUGGAAAUUACUCCCUUGUAAUGAUUGCAACUAGGCACUUUUGGAAUGCAUGUUUACCUUUGCUAGGCUUACCACAUGACAGAGAACAGUUUAAAGAACCUACAGAAAUAAUUCUUAAGAAUAUCAUUAAAGCAGAAUCUAAAAACAAAAAGGAAAAGAAAGAUACGUGUUCUUUGCAUCAGUGGAUUACACAGGAUUUUCAAAAUAUUGGGUUAUCAGUUGGAUGCUUUGUCCCAGGUGCUGAGGAAGAUCUGACAUUAAGAACCUCCUUAUAUGGUCUAUUAUUCCACAUCUAUGCUGAUAAAGCUGACUGGGAGAUAGCACUAAAACUCCUGGAUGAAGCUAUUCAAGUUUUGCCUCAGACAAGACACAAAUUGCUGAUUUUCAAACUUAUGGCUACAGUGAGGGCAGGAUCAGGAUCGAAGUUUAUGACGGCCAUUCAGAGAGUCAGUAAAGAAAGUGAAGAUUAUUUGUCGCAUGUCUGGCGACAUUUAGUGACAGUCUCCGAAAGUAUUGUUGGACAGUUGAGCUGUUUUCAAAAUGCCAUCAUUGCUUUACAGAAACAAGAGGAUGAAUGGCAGAGAGUUGAUUACCUCAUGGAAUUUGCUGAAUGCUUAUAUAGUAAUCAGUUUCCCCUCAAUGAUGCUAUUAAACCUCUGGAGUGGGCAGUAGAUCUCCUGCUUCAUAUGAAAUUCCCUAUGGAAUCCACACAAGAGGAAGAAAACAACGCUACACCGAAAUUGUUGCCUACAGAAAAUGCUAAGAUGGACAAUGGAGGAAGUGGUACCAUGCCCCAAAUUAAUUUGGAAGUUUUGAGUAAUAUUAAACAACUGGAAACUUUGUUUAGAGCACAGACAUUAAUGGCUUUAUUUUCUGGUCACGGUUCUUCUUUUCAUCAGCAGCACUGUUUGAUGGCGUAUGCCUGUAUCGUCCGUAUCUGGCAGGUGUCAUUGUCAGCAUCAGGGAUUGUUACAAAAACAUUCUCAACAAGUUCACAACCUACAAUUCCUCAGAAAGUGCAGUCAAAAGCUCCUAAAAUAGACAAGGACAAAAAGAAAGAGAAACAAGUUGAAGUUUCUGUUGCAAUGGAGAAGCCUAAAGGGAAAGAAUCAGUUGAUACCUUACCAGAAAGUGUGGAAGAAUGGGCCCAGUAUGACUGUCCCAAUGAAAUCAGAGAUACUUUUAAACAGAAAACAAAUAGUUAUGGUAUUAACUGGGAUAAUUUCCCAAAACCUACUUGCACUUUGUAUUUUAUGGACCUUUUAUCUAAAGAACUACAGAAAAUUUUUUGCCCCCACUUGAGUCUUCCAAUCUUUCAGCUAGCUGAAGUUAUUGCUAGUGAAGUUCUGGAAUGUAGAAGUCUGUCUGAUCUCUAUCACCUUCGACUUGCCCUGGUAUGCUCAGAUUUAAAACUGAGUCAGGCAUCUGUGUAUCAUGAGAAAGCUGCUGGAGAAGUAUACAUCAGUGAAUUUGAACAAGCAAUGUGUAGGCAAGAGAUUGCACUGAAAAAAGAAAAAACUGUAUGCAUGAAGACAGAAGAAAGAAAAAUACCUUUUGAAAAUUCUCAGGGUUUUGAGGCAAAUGCAGUAACAGGAAAAGGACUGAGUGCACUUUCUUUCCCUCACUUGUGGAUUGAAAAAGCUGAAGUACUAAUUCAGCUAGGCUUGUAUCAACCAGCAAGGCUUCUGCUUUCAGAGGCACAUGCUGCAACUCAGGAGCUGAGGGCCCUAUCAUCUGAUAUGUCAAGGUGCUUGUACUUACUUGGUGUGUUGGCUAACCUGGAAAGAAACCACAGACAAGCUAAAGCACUCCUGGAGAGAGCACAGCGUCUGGGAGGAAAUGAGCAGUUUUGGUAUAACAGCACUCUCAGUCUAACAGAAGCAAUCCUAGAGGAAGGGGGGGAAGGAAAACUGAGCAUGGCUUCUGAGAUACUGGAACAUACUAUAAAUGUGUUUCGAUCUACUUUACUGAGGAGGCCCGGCAGGCAAUCAGAAUUGGGUUUUAUGAUUGCAUCCCUUGAAGCCAGAAAAACACUGAUUCAGAUACAUUUUGCUCAGGAUCACAUGACAGUUAAUGGCAAUUCUGCUCAGUUGGCAAACAUUCUACAGGAAUCCUACAAUAAAUUAGUUCAAGUUGAGAAGGACUUUUUUCAUCAUGGACAUAAAAACUACAGUGCCGAAAUACUGCUGGAAUGUGCAAAUAUUUGUAGGGUGAUUGCCAAGCAGGAAAUGAACAAAAAAGACAAACACAGUCACUACCUAGAUGCUUAUAACUUAGCUUGGAGAGCAGUAUCCAAAACAGAGGAAGUACUUCAUAAUGUUUGUAGUUUAUUUGCAUUUAAUGAGAGUAAAAAUGUUAGUAUCCCAUUAAUGAGAGAACUAGCUCUUAGAAAAAUAAAUCUUGUAGAAAUUCUUUUGGAUAUUUUUCAUCUUGCCAUUACUGAGCAAAAGCCUAAAACUGUGGGAGAAGCAUCAUUUCAUGAAUUUGUGGAGGAAUUCAUCAUGGAAGAUGAUGCAAUAGAGCAGGAUUGGAAGUAUAUGAAACGUGCCACGGCUCAUAUUACACUGACUCAGUUAGCAAACAUACGGAACCUUUGUAAAGGCUGCCCCGACAUCAAAUCCAAAUGCCUGUAUCUAACUGGAAAAACCCUUCAUUUACUGGCAAUUAAUGUAGAUCCUGUAUGUUCAGAGAUUUACUGGAAGCCAAAUAUUAUGGAAGAUGCUAAAUCAGACAUCAGAAAAUCUUCGCUGACUUCAGCAGAAUGCAGUGAACAGGACACGACAGAGAGCGAUUCAUUGACUAAUAAAUGGCAUAAUGAUUACAACAGGAGAAAAAUACAGGAAUUAAAGACACAACAAAGGAUGGCUCAGAAGUAUCUUUCUCAAUCCAGUGAGGCUUUGCUACAGUCUAUGGCUAUUGCAUUCACUCAUAAUGUUACUGAGGUACUGGCUCUUGCUAGUUUGGAAAUGGCUGAAUGCUUUCAACAGUUGGAUCCAAUUUCAACUAGUCAGUUUUUGGCACUUCAUCAGAGUUGUUCAGUGUCUGUGAUGAUGAAGAGUAUCCUUCUAACUGCUACAUCCAACACCAGCAGCUCUCAGCUGGCAGCAUUGUUGCAUCUUCAGAACCAGUUAAAACAAAGCAGAAACACAAGUGAUCUUCUAAAAUGUGUGGAACAGGAACUGACUGCUAAUUCAGUGGCGUGGAGAAACCUCUGUAUUCCUGUUGAACAUUUUAAUAUAGUGGAUGAAUUGCCGUCCAGUUUCUACAUACUUAUUCUCCAGCAUUCAGAAGACAGAUCAAAGUUAUACAGUUCAUUUAUUGAGAUGGCCAAAGUAAGUACUGCACAGCAGAAAGGAAAACUUACUCAGCGGAUGGUAGUGCAGGCAAAAGUUUCUCGAUUUCCUGUGAAUCCUGAUGUGUUUCGUGUUUUGUUGGAAAAAAUGAGUCUUUACAAGCAGCAAAAGAUGAAGAAUCAUCUUAAAGAAACUGUUAUUCAGAACUUGCAAGAGUGUUUCUCCAAAACAGAUGUGGCUCCAACAUUAAAAAUAGAUAACAGUGAAUUUGAUUUGACAUCAGAUUUCUCUGAAAUAAUAGAAAUUAUGGAAGACUAUCUGAAGCCAACGCUGUCACAGUUUGAUUUUUCUGCUAUCAGAGAAUCCCAGUGUGUAUCAGUUUCAGCAGCUGAAACAGGAAAAAAGAAAGCGAAAGUUAAGGACACCAAACAAGUUGGAGUGCAGGAUACACCCGUGGGUUUAGGAUUGUGUGUAGUAUUACUAGGGGAUACAUUAUUUAUGGAAUUGCCUUUGGAAGCUCUGAGUAUAUUUAAAGAGGAAGGAAUAAGUUCUGUUUCCAGAGAUUUUUCUCUACAGUUUCUCUACAAUCGACUAUGUUGGACUGACUCAGAAACCACAUUUAAAAAAAAAGCUGAAGGCUCUGGAAAAAAAAGCACAAGAGCUUCUCAGACAAAGAAUGUCCAAAUGGCACCGAUUAAUCGUGAUGUAUGUUCUGAUUGCUUGCCUGUUGAUAUACGUAAUUUAAAAUAUAUUGUGGACCCCUAUAAUGAAGGAAGAGAAGCAGAAGCUUCAAGUCCUUCCCAAAAAAUACAGAAAAUAUUAGAAAAAUACCGUGACCUAUUUAAACUGCAAUGGGAAGGUGUCAUUGGCAAUAUGUGUGCUCCAAGCCAAGCUGAAUGGGAGCAGUUGCUGACAAACUGUAGUGCAUUUCUGUUCUAUGGGAUGGAGAGAUUCAUGUCUCAUGUGUUGCUUAAUUGGUUGGUUGCUAUGAACAUACCAAAAUGCCGUUUGAUGAUUCUUCUGGAUCUGGUACGAUCACAGCAAAGUUACCAAAGAAUUACAAACUCUGAUAUCCACAAAAGCUGUCUACGUAUUGCUCUAGAGAGACCAACACAGACAGCAAUGCUUCUAAGCCUUACAGGUGCUGGCUCUGUAAUAGCCACCCAGUGGUACACGAGCUUGGAGGAGAAUGCAGAAAGGCUGGAGACCUUGUUUGAGAAUUUGCUAUGCUUUGGUAAAACAACUGGCCAGACAGUUCAUGUUCUUCAGAAAAGCAGAAGUCACAGGAAAAGGGAUUCCAUUAAAAUGGAAGCAGAUUCUCACAGCUCUGCUGGAGACAAAACAGAAGAGCAGACUGGUUGUGCUUCCUCAGACCCUUCUGCAACUCAUCCAUCAGUUUUUAAUUGUGUGCUCUAUGGUUUACCCAACAUAAUUCUGAUGUAAUUUGUGUCAAUAUUUUCAUGCUAGGUAUACCUACACUGAUCUAAGGAGAGGUGAGAUUAAGAAAACGUACAUAUUGCUGAUUCCUGUUUCAGAUGUCAACAGUUUGAUAUUAGAAUAACUGUCAGGAAAAUAGAAUAUAUAGUUCAGAAAUUUCAGUUCGUGCUCUAAGUUUUUUUAACUGUGUGAAUCCUUUAAAAAUUUGGUAAUCCUUUAAAAAUUGUUGGUUGCUUCCACCAACAUAUUUUAAAGAAAAGUGUGUAUAUAUAUAUAUACACUAGCUGGUAUUUUUCAGCCUUGAUGCGUGAAUGGAAUUGGAAUGUAUCAAUGGCAGUGCUUCCAUUUGGAAAAAAUGUUUCCUUGAUGUAUUUUAUUUUCACAUGGAUGAUUUGUCAGGAACAUUAAAAAAUUUACCAAGUGACUUUAUUCUGAAUGAACUGAUCUUUUUAUAUGGAGGUCGUUGUAGUUCAAUUAGAAAACAAGUUAGUGUUAAAUAAAAUGGUUAAUAAUUUUUGCUUUA